AAAGGAAGCCAAAAAGCCACGCUCUCACCACCGCAGCCGCUUCGCCGUCCCUUGCCUUGCCUCCCUCGCACGCCCAUCUCCACCGUCACCAGCCACCCCCGGGCACCGGCUCCCGUCGCCACCACUGUCAACUCAGCUGAGCAGCUAUCCUCCUCCUCCUCCUCGAAUUCUCUGUGUCUCGCUUGCUUACCUUCCUCCGCUCCGCUGCAAUCCCACUGCUGACCCGGGCUCCACCCGAAAAUGCCCACGCAUUUUGGUCUCUAGUGCUUGGAGCCUUCUCGGUUGCACCAAAUUUGGCCUUUUUAGGUGGGGUGGGGGGCUCCGAUCUUUUCAGCUACAGCUUUUAUUUGCAUGUUUCUUGGUUGGGUUUGUGCCACAGAUUUGAGUCGCCCUCCGCACAUGUUGAUCAGAUGAGUUGUGGGUGUCUCCUCCCAAUCCGAGAUUGCUGGAGAUGGUUGUAGCAGUAGCUUCGUGCCAAUCUUCCUCCACGCCCCUGUCACCCUACCCGUCUUCGCCCAGCCUCCGCAGCUUCAUCAGGGACGCCCCGCCUUACAGCACCCAGACCCCGCCGCAGGUGCAGACGGCUGGUGUCGGUGGCGGCGGCGGCAAUGGAAAGAUCAGCCCUGCGGUGCUGUUCAUCAUAGUGAUCCUUGCGGUUAUCUUCUUCAUCUCCGGGCUGCUCCACCUCCUCGUGAGGAUACUGAUGAGGAAGCAGCACGGCCGCGGUGCCACCAUGGGGGAGUCUGCGCCGUCGCCGCCCCGGACCGGCGCGCGGGCCGCGGCAAUGGACCGGCAGCUGCAGGAGCUGUUCCAUCUGCACGACUCCGGGCUCGAUCAGGCGUUCAUCGAUGCGCUGCCCGUGUUCGCGUACCGUGAGGUUAUCGGUGGCAACAAAGAGCCGUUCGACUGCGCGGUGUGCUUGUGCGAAUUCGACGGGGAGGACAGGCUCAGGCUGUUGCCGGUGUGCGGGCAUGCCUUCCAUCUGCAGUGCAUAGAUACAUGGCUGCUGUCCAAUUCGACGUGCCCGCUUUGCCGUGGCACGCUCUUUGUCCCCGGGAUGACUGUAGACGACCUGCUGUUCGAUGAUUUUGAUGAGAGGUUGGAGGAGCCUCUACCGGAGGAGUGUGAGGAUGGACACCAAGUUUCCAGGCAGAAACCCAUGGAUGAGGAGCAGCCAAUGGCCGAGAAGAGGGUGUUUCCAGUAAGGCUUGGGAAGUUCAAGAGUGUUGCAAAUCAGGGUGCCAUCGGCGGCGUGGUUGUCAAUGGUAAUGAAGCUGGUAUAGUGAGUAAGGAGGCAGGGGAGAGUAGCAGUAGCAGCUUGGAUGCAAGGAGAUGCUUCUCCAUGGGCACUUACCAGUAUGUUCUUGGGGUUUCUGAACUUCGAGUGGCUCUUCAGACAGGUCAUGGCAGAAACGGCGCGAGCAGCAGGUUUAAAGGAAGAGUUGCUGGCUUAAGUUCGGUCAAUGCUGACAUUAUGGAGGGCAAGAGGAUUUGUGCGAGGAGCAAAGGCGAGAGCUUCUCUGUAUCGAAGAUUUGGCAGUGGUCUAGUCUGAAGGGCAAGCUGCCAGCUCCUCCAGACACUUGCUCAGAUACUGGGAGCCUAGCAUGGAUGAAAAGAAAUGCUGCUGGAGAUAAGUCCAAUAUGUGACUCUGUCUAUAAUCCUUUGUUUUUUUUCCUGCCUGAUGUUGGCUGCUAAGUUGCUUAGCUCUAGCUAUUUCCACCUGAUUUAGGGUGUCUCAACAAUCAUUCAUCAAGGGAUCAAUUUUGACAGGCUUGCUAUAUUGCACAUAGUUUGUUAUUGUUCACAAUGGUGUAGUCUAUAUUCCCAUGUUGUUGGUAUUCCAGGAAUCCCCUUCAGAAGCCUAUCAUCACUAUGAAGUAUCAGUUUACACUCUAUUUUUGUUAUCGAUUCUGCAAUUUCCUCCUUGAAUGUAAGUAUGUAACUAUCAAACAUGAGACAAUAGUAACCUACAAUGUGAUAUACGUCUAUACGAUUGCAGUUAUUAAUCUGCAACUUCCUUAAUAAACUUUA